AUGACCCCUAGCCCCUAUCCUAAUGACAGUCCCUUCAUCAAUAAUGACAGUCCCUUCAUCAGUAAUGACAGUCCCUUCAUCAAUAAUGACAGUCCCUUCAUCAGUAAUGACAGUCCCUUCAUCAGUAAUGACAGUCCCUUCAUCAAUAAUGACAGUCCCUUCAUCAAUAAUGACAGUCCCUUCAUCAGUAAUGACAGUCCCUUCAUCAGUAAUGACAGUACCUUCAUCAGUAAUGACAGUCCCUUCAUCAAUAAUGACAGUCGCCCCUUCAUCAAUAAUGACAGUCCCUUCAUGAGGAACUACGAUGCCUACGGCAGCAGAGGUCAGCCGAAACUGUUUGCCAAAUCCAAGUAUGACUUUGUGGCCAGAAACAACACGGAGCUGUCAUUGGUACAGGACGAGGUUGUGGAGGUGCUGGAUGACAGGAAGCAGUGGUGGAAAGUGUGUAACUGCUCCGGGGCGUCUGGUUAUGUGCCAAACAACAUCCUGGAGGUCACCAAGGCUGUGGACGUCACGGUGCGGGGGGAACCCAUCUAUAGCCAUACUAUACAGCUAAUGAUGCCAAAGAAGGAGUUUGAGUUGUUCAAGUCGGAGCCGGCCCUAACCUUCUGCAGUCGGAGCAGGCCCUAACCUCCUGCAGUCGGAGCCGGCCCUAACCUUCUGCAGUCGGAGCAGGCCCUAACCUCCUGCAGUCGGAGCCGGCCCCUAAC